AUGGCGCAAUCAACUUUCAACAUGUCGUUUGAAGCUCUUGGCAAAAUAUACAUUCCGGCAUCGUACGUGAAGUUUCUAGAAGCAUCGGGUGCGCGUGUGGUCCCAAUCUUCAAUAAUCUAACAGAGGACGAGACUAAAAAGUUAUUUUACUCUAUCAAUGGUGCUGUUUUUCCCGGUGGAAAAGUAAAUAUGUUGACGUCAGGUUACACUAACGUUUCGAGGACAAUAUUCGAGCUGGCUAAAGCGACGUACGACGAAGGAGGUUAUUUUCCAAUAAUGGGCAUGUGUCUUGGACACCAUAUCCUGGCGAUGCUGGUGAAUGGAAACACAGAUGACCGUGUUCCGACCGACUCUCAAAACAUGACGGCACCUCUAAAUCUCCCAGAAAACUACCGUGACAGCAAGCUAUUCCGAGAUAUUCCCCAAGAACGGCUGAGAAUAUUCAAUGGAACUUUAAUCACCUCGCAUUUUCAUAUAUUCUCGUUUCCCAUCAAAUUAUUUCAAGAGAGCAAAGAGUUGAAAGAUUUUUACAGAGUUCUUACGACAAAUAUCGAUCGACGAGGAGUGGAAUUUGUAUCGACAAUGGAAGCAAGAAAAUACCCGUUUUAUUCGACACAAUGGCACCCAGAAAAGCCUGCCUUUGAAUGGGCGUCCGAAAAAGCUAUUCCACACUUUCAAGAAUCAAUUGAAUUGAGUCAAUAUUUUUCCAAUUUCUUCGUUCAAGAAGCAAGGUUAAGCAAGAAUCGAUUUUCAUCCCAAAAGGAAGAAAAUGUUGCAAUGAUUUACAAUCACAAUCCUUUGCAUACUGGAAUCGAUGAGUAUAGCAUGUUCUCCCAAGUUUAUCUUUUUGAUUAA